AUGUAUGAAAUGCCACUCAUUUACGACAACAAUAAGGCCAACAAUAAGGCCAACAGUGAGACAUCAGUGGACACUGUUUUGGUGGAUCAGCAGCUGUUGAAUGGUUUGCCACAACAAGAAGUUAUGACGGCUUUGGUUGACCUCAAGUCUAGACAACAAAUACUCUUCACACGAAUGGCUUCACUCGAAGCCAAUGUUGAAGGGGUUGGUUGUGGAGGCAGUGGUGGUUGUGGUCAUAGCAUAGCUGCCAAUAACUGUAUUAUUGAGGCCAACACUCAAAGAGACCGACAAAUCUUACAUAUGCUUGAAGUUGUCGUUAAUAAAAGAAAUGGAUAUUUUAGAGAUCAAUCAGAUUGUGCUAAAAUGAUUCGCUGUUCAAAUGGCAAAAUCACUCAUAGAUUUACAUGUAGUGAAGGAAAAGUAUUUAAUGAUAUAACUAAAUCAUGUGAUGACCCAAAGUAUGUGAAUUGUCAUAACUCAGCCACACUCGAGAUGACUACUAGUCCCUCAUCUAUCAGUAUAGAAGAGCCCAGAUAUGAGUUACCAAAAGCAGUCCCAUUACAAGUCGAUCCAUAUUUGUUUCGACAAAGUCGGGUCUUCAUUCCGACCUAUGAUACAACACAUGACAUUGAAAACACAGAGACUCCACAUAAUGUCGACACAGACAUCACUAUAACCCCUUCUAAUGAAACUUCUGAUCCCAAAAAUGAAAGAUCUUUACGAGUUGUAAAACAUCACUCGAUUAUCAUAAAUGAUUCGUUUGUUGAAUAUGAAGAAGAAAGUAAACCAAGACUUAACAAAUCUUUUGUUGAAUACGAAGAAGAAAGUAAACCAAGACUUAACAAAUCAUUUGUUGAAUACGAAGAAAGAUUUAUAAAACCAUUGAAUAAUUCUUUCGUUAUAUAUGAAGAAGACAAAGACAAUGAAACUAUUCCUAUAAUCACUACAACUAUUGCCACAACCAGUCCAACGACAAUCAUAACAACAACAGAAGUUCCUUUAGAAAUGACAACAAUUAAAAACAUUGAAUCGAUAACAUUGUCUUCAGUAAUACCAACAACUAUUGAUAGUAUAGUAUUACCAGUUUUAGAGACAAUCCUUCAAAAUGAAACAUUGACUGAAACAACAGUUACGGAAUCGACAUAUAUAUCGACAAAUACUGAGAGUACAGAAUCGUGUGUUGUUGAAGAUAGUGUUGCGGGACUUCACACGGUUUUAUCAAACUAUAAAUCUAAUGAUAUGUCAAAAAUAACUGAUUUUUAUAAAAUUGUUUGUUAUUUCACCAAUUGGUCCCGUUAUCGGUCAGAUUUAGCAAAAUAUACACCAAAUAAUAUAAACCCAUUUUUAUGUACUCAUAUUAUAUAUGCCUUUGCUAUUCUCGAUAAUAAAACCCUAACCAUGAAGUCAUCGGAUAAAUGUACGGAUAUUGACAAUAGAUUUUAUCAACGAGUGACUGAUUUAAAAGAAAAAAAUCCAAAACUCAAAGUUUUAAUUGCUUUGGGCGGUUGGGUUGAUAGUGAAGGUGACAAAUACUCUAGACUUGUAAGAAAUUAUACAAAUCGCAUGAAUUUUAUUGAGAGAGCCAUUGAAUUCAUAAGACAACAUAACUUUGAUGGUCUGGACUUAGAUUGGGAGUAUCCUCAAUGUUGGCAAUCGGAUUGUAGUGCAGGGACACCGUCUGAUAAAUUAAAUUUUGCUAAAUUCAUUAGAGAGUUGAGGACAGCCUUCAAUAGACAACCAAAACCAUUAUUAUUAACAGCAGCUGUGGGUGCGGCCAAACAUAUUGUUGACAACGCCUAUGAAAUUAACUCAUUAAUGGUUAACUUGGAUUUCAUAAAUCUGAUGUCUUAUGAUUAUUACACUACCGGUAGUCCUAUAGCUGCACAUCACUCUCAACUAUAUAGUCAUCCAAACGCUAAAGAUAUGGACAAUAAGGUGUUGAAUGCAAACUUUUCAGUCAACUAUUGGAUCAAAAAAGGUUUUCCUUCUCAUAAAAUCAUUUUAGGCAUUCCUUUCUAUGGACGUACAUUUAAAUUAGUUGAUUCUGAGAUUAAUGAUUUUGGUUCACCAGUUAAUGGAACGGGAGAUCAGGGCAUCUAUACUAAAGAAAAUGGAUUUAUUGCCUAUUAUGAGAUUUGUGCGAAUAUCCUUCAAAAGGGUUGGGCUAAGCGUACGGAUUCUUAUGUCUUAAGAGGAAACCCUUUGAUAACUGGUCCUUAUUCUUAUACAAGCAAUCAGUGGGUCGGUUACGAUGAUAGAGAUCAUAUCAUACAAAAAACUGAUUUUAUUAAAAACAACAAUUUAGGCGGUGCUAUGAUUUGGGCACUUGAUUUGGAUGACUUUAACGGCAUUUGUUGCCAUAUAAUGAGUCCAUUGUUAAAGACUAUCAACAAAGAGCUGAGAGAAUACAAGUUUGAUCUCAAAAAAUUUUGUCCAUAA